CGCGAAGAUGAUCUUGACACGGGCGCAUUGUCUGCGGACAGCGCGCGGAGCCAUCUCUCCAAUCCGGGCAAGCCCUGCCAUCUCCUCCACGGCACGCGCCCUUCUCCAACGGGGCUACGCAAGCGACUCCAGCGCGCCGUCAUUCGACGACGUCAACUUCUCCAAGAAAACCGACACCGAGAUUGCCAAGCAAAAGCUUUAUUCCCUGACCAAGGAUGGGCAGUGGAAACUGCUGCCGGCCAAAAACGGCAUCGACCGCAGCUACUACUUCCAGGACUACAAGGGCGCGUGGCGCUUCAUGAACAGCGUCGCCGCCGAGGCCAUCACUCGCAACCACCACCCCGAAUGGAGCAAUUUCUGCAACCACGUCUACGUGCGCUGGACCACGCACCGGCCGGCGGGACUUUCCAUGGAAGACCUCGACCUGGCGCUCGUGUGCGAGAAGCUCGCUGCCGAGCACGAGUUUGCCCCCGUCGCGCAGCUCGGUAUCCAGCCUGAGGUUAUGCGCGCGUUUAGGGACUCCAGCUUUGAAUGCCACUCCGGCGUUAGCUUCAAGAAGAUUUGGACUAGGGUCGGCCGCUUUGCUGAUGACGCCAUCGCGCAUGAUGCCUACAGGCUCUGGAGUAAUGUCUAUAACAAACUGUAUGUUAGCACGCAGACGUGGAGGGAGGGUGACCCUCCUGUUCGUGCGUUCGUGUAUGAUGAUAAGAUGGGCUUCGAAGUCUUGAAGGACUUGGCUGAUAAGGCCGCCGGGCUUAAAUAAAUCGCUUCUUGUUGCCU